GAGGCGCAGUGACCUGGACCGCCGCCUCUCCCUCCCGCCUUCAGGACAUCCAUUCAACCACCCGGAUAAACACUCCACCUCUCCUGCUGACAUUGUUACAACAUGUGAAAGACAACCAGUCAAGCAGUGAAGGUGUGUACGAGCUUAUGGCGCUGUAGUUCUUUGGGGACGACGUAUAAUUUAACGAGAGAUCUUCAAACUCUGCAGCGGCGGAUACGAUGAGCAGCGUCUGCUUUACUCUUCAUGUGCUGCUACUGUGCGGAUUCCUCGUGGCGCAGCAGCGGCUGCUGCCCGGGUCCUGCAACUUUGAGCUGGGCACCUGUGGCUACACGUCUGACCCAGAGUAUGGCAGCUGGAGCAUGAAUGAAGAAGGGCAUUUUAUAACAGUGGAUUCAGCCCUCUUGCACGACCAGGAGCAGGCAGUUCUUGUCAGUCCAGUUCUGAACCAGCAGGACUGGAGCUGUGUGAGGCUGGUGUACCAGAUCACUGGACAAGGGUCCCUGCAUCUCCACUUCAGACCAUACAGUGAUAACUUUGACUACCGACUCUGGACUGCCAACAAAGCCUCUGACAGCUGGCUCAUCGCUAGUGUGGACCUACCCAACACCACCAUCCCCCACCAGAUUUUGCUGGAAGGUCGACCUGAACGUGGCUCAGGGAACAGCUUGGCCAUCUUUGAAAUUCACAUUGUUCCUGGUUACUGCAUAGAGUGUAAUUUUGAGGAGCAUCACAUGUGUGGCUACAGUAACAGCUGGAACCCAAAUGUCAACUGGUACGUUUGGGGGAGUAUGGCAAGAGAACCUGAGUCUAACCAGCUUGAAAACCACACCAACAAUAACCAGAGAGGCCACUACAUGUAUGUGGACUCUGUGUAUGCCAAACACUUCCAGGAAGUGGCAAAGCUGACCUCACCCGUCACAACAGUAUCAAUGGCUGGCUGCCUGUCCUUCUAUUACCAACGAGACCAGGAGAGGGGAAACAUCUUCUUAGUUUUCACCAGAGACCAGCUGGGGCACUAUGAAGAGAUCUGGAGGCCAGAGGUUUAUGCUACUACUGGCUGGACUCUGGUCAACGUUGACAUCAAGGCCCCACAUCCGUUGGAGGUGGUGUUUGAAGUGGCUUUUAACAGUGCCAGAGGUGGAUACGUGGCCAUAGAUGACGUCUCCUUUUCCCCUGAAUUCUGCCAAACUGACACAGAGCCGAUCUUUGAUCCCUCUAUAGCCAACUGUGACUUUGAGAAUGGCUUGUGUCUAUACUAUCAGGAGAGAGCAGACAUUAAGGUGUGGAGCAGAGCUUCGGUCAAGCCUAAUGCCUACAGGAUAGGAGACCAUACCACAGGAACAGGCUGUUUCCUUCUGGCAAACACUCGUUUCACUUCGAGGCCUGGUUAUGUGGGCCGGCUUCAUGGUCCCUUUUUACCGGGGAACCAAUACUGCUUGAGGUUCUACUACAUUCUUAAUGGAUUUAGAAAAGUAGAAAAUGCUCUGGUUCUUUACAUUUAUGACGAGAACAAUGUGGCCCAGGAGAAGGUGUGGAGCCUGGCUGACACUUCCAGGGCUGUAUGGACUCAGGUGGAGAUCACCUACAUGAAGCCCAUGCUUUCUAAGGUAGUGUUUGUCAGCAUAUGUAAGAACUUCUGGGAAUGUGGCCGGGUAGCCAUUGAUGACAUCACUGUCAGUGUGGGGGACUGUCAGAUCACAUCAGGCUCCCUCCCAGGCCAGUGUAACUUUGAAAGCGGAGUCUGCGGCUACAUCCAGGAUAAGAAAGGAGACAAGGCCGACUGGCUGCGAGUCCGAGGACACACUCCCACCUCCUAUACAGGACCCAGAGGAGACCACACCACUGGGGUGGGUUACUUCAUGUACAUCGAGGCGUCACUGAUGCGUCCAGGUCACAAAGCUCGGCUGUUGACCUCUGAUCUGCGGGGCUCCUCGUCCCCUCAGUGUUUGAUAUUCUACUACCACAUGUAUGGCUCUGGCACUGGCAUACUGAGUGUGCUCCUGCGCCACAGUGGCAGAGGGCAGGACAUGCUGCUGUGGAGAAGGCAUGGUGAGCAGAGCGUCAGCUGGAUGAGGGCGAUGGUGGACUACCAUUGUGAUGCCCGACACCAGAUUAUAUUUGAUGCCAUCCGAGGCCCAUCACUACGAAGUGAUAUUGCUAUUGAUGACAUCCGUUUUAAAAAAGGACCAUGUGAAGAUCCUGUUGACAUCACUCCAUACUCAGGCUUCUCAGAGUAUUUCAAUGAGAUUGAGAACUGAGACUAGCGGGAGGUCCUUCUGUGUAAAUGCUUAGUAGUUUUUCAAAGUUGGGCUUGGUGGCUUUCAGAAGUGUGAAUGUGAACAAUCCACCAACACAAUUUACAAACUUGUAGAGCAAUGCUUAUGGUGCAGCCAGACCCUCAACCUCACUGUACUGCUGUCUUUCUUCACUUCCUAGUCCAGUCAUUUCAGCAUUUGUGCUUUAAUUCUCGACAUUUCUUUGAUCACAGUACAGGAUUAUGGAAUUGUGUUACCCAGAGAGGAAUGACCAAGGUUUUUUUGCUCCUCCCAUUAUCCAUUUACUUCUCACAGUCACACCUCAUUCUAAUGACACUCAAUUACACAAUCACAAUCGAGUAUUAAGGCCUGUUGACACUAUACACAAAAUAUUGAAUAAUGCGUUUGCUCACUCACUUUUAUUUUAAGCUAUUCCAUAGGUCGAUUCAAAAUUUAUAUUUUUGAUACAUUUUUGAUGCAUAGGGAACUUUGACGUUGACAUUUAAAAUUAGUGGAGUGUCCCUUUAAAACUCAUCUGUCUGUAAAUGAGUGGCCAGGGUAACGUCACAGACUACAAAAAACCACUCAGGCACUGACAGUUAAGCAGAACAGGUUAGUGUAUCUGGGAUGUCUGGCCCCGCUAUGACAUAAAAGCAACCCUGUCUCCUAGAAAUUAUGUUCUUAUAUUACUAAACCCUUUUCCCAAUUACGUUGUGGUGGCAACGUAAGCGUUGGCUUGAUUAUAUUCAGAAGUAAUUUUUUUUUUGUUGAAAUGAGGCGCUACCUUUAUCAACAGCAGCAGAGGUGCCAGGAGAUGGUUGGGUGGAGAAUGUACAAAGCCCAGGACUGUCACAUCAGAGACCGGAAUUUGCAUCCAGACUGCACUCUGUGGUUCAGGCAACAAAAGAACUUUGGUUAAGGUUAGGGAAACAUGGUGGUUUUGGUUAAAUGUAGAUAAACACAUUGUAUCUGAAGUCACUGUGAACUUUUUCUGUAUUAAAUCAGACCAGGGUCUUUCCUAACCAUAAACAAGCUGCUGUGAGUGCCAAAUUUGACAUUUCCUCAUUACAUUAACAGAAAACGUAAUUCGGUGGCAAUUAUGUUUCCUUUGAAACGUAUUUGCUGUCACAAAUUAGUUGUAUAUAAACAUAAUUUCUAAGAGACAUGGUUGUGACCUGUAAGAGAUAGAAAAUAAGUACAGUAAACUUUAUGCAUCAGGAAAAGAGCAAUGCUUGUCCUAAGAGAGGCCCCGUAGCCCACUCCAGGUGUCCUGUACCAAAGGAAAACAAUGGAAAUGUUUUAAUAUGAAACAUAUGGAGGAAGUGUUGAGUUUGCAUAACAGCAAAAAGCAGCAACAGCAAAUUAAAACAGCAAAGGGGUGCAGAUCAAAAAACAUUUGAUCAAUUUAAUAAAAAACAAUCAAAUAUACUUAUAAAACAGAGGGAAAAAGAAAGAACAGUUUGUUUGUAAUAGCUUGUCUCAAAUAAAGGCCUGGUUAUCUCUGCAGUCCACUUAAAUAAAGGCCCCAGCAACUGUACUACUACACAAAACAAUUCUUGAAAACAGCACACAGUGAAAAUUUGCUACAACUGCUUAAUUAGCAGUGUUGUAUAAAAUUAAAAAAGGGGGGGGGGUAAUUUAGGUGAUAGGUGAUAUACAGAUUUUUGACAACCCCACUUUAGUUUAAGGACAGCCAUUUGUAUUAAGGGAUAUAGCUGCAAUGUAUUACAUUUUGUCAACAAAUCCUAUGAAAAGACCAAAACCAACAAUGUUUUCAUUCCAUCUCUCAUUACUUUCUGACUUCCCUGCUCUGUCUGUGGGCCUCACCUCAAAGCAUGUUGGCUCCUACUGAAGAUGUUAGAUAUCUUUAAAAACAGCUGACAAAUAGUUAAAUUUUUUUUAAAAGGUUCAGUAAUUACUUAAAGCAGCUGGAUACUGUGUAUGUUCAUGGCAAUGAAGGAACAUAUCCUAAGUGCAACAGUGUGGCUUACUGAUGUGUUUUAAUAGUUUUUGGACAACAGUGGAGUUCUAUGGCACAGAGGAAUAAGAUGUAUCAGGCCUUGGAGAUUUUUUUACGAGAAGAAAACUAUAGAAUAUUGCUUUAACCUGUAAGAUUCACAUAAUUUCUAUUCAGGAAUUCAUUAUCUGGAUGAUUAGCAGUUGACUCCAUUCCAAACGAAGGCUUGGAAUGGAAUGGCGAAAGAUAAUUGGGCUCAGAACUGGGAAACUGUAUGGAAGACAAAAUGGAUGAAACAAAUAUUUUGUACUUUGGUUCGUAGUGCCACUGGGCCUUGACUGCUGCCAUGUGGUUUGUCUUGGAUUAAUCAAAGUAUGUACCCUUCUACUGCCUGUGCAGCCUGGAGCUGUCAGUAAGCCAUUUUUUUAGACAAAAUGAUUGGACAUUCAUUUUGAGAAGAUCUUAUAAGCCUAAUAAACCUUUUCUAUAAUAAUCAAUUGAUUUGGGAUUCCACUAUUGCAUUCUUGUUUGUCAUCUGUUGGUGUUGUCAUCAAGGUGUUUGAAUUUGGAAAAUGGAUUGUGGUCCAAGAGAUGGGAUGAUCAGAAAUGUCUCUUUUGUUGGGGACAUAAAGCUUCUUCAGGGGCACAUGGCAAAUACUUAGCUAUGGACAACUUUCAGGUCUAAAUGCAGUACCAGUUACAGGUUUGCUGAUAUUUCUUACAUAGCUCAUCUCAGAAUAUAACUAAGGUUGUGUAGAUUCUUUUUUCAAUCAGAAUUCACGCAGUAUUUUUUUAUGUUACUUCCACUGUGACAAAUGAUUUGAUUCCAGCUUCAGACUUAUAGUAAGUCAAAAUUCUAGGUGCUUACAGAUACUGUCUUUGGUAAAUCCUGUGUCACCUGUACACCACUAUCUUUCCAAAGCAUGGAUUCAAUAAGGUGCUGGAAACCUACCCUAGAGGUUUGAUCCAUGCCGAUUCAUUAGCAUCAUAGCGUUCUUGCAAAUUUUUCAGCCAAAUGUGCUACAAAUCUCUGCAAACAUUUGAGUGCUCUGCUUUGCAUUUAGAUGUCCUUCUGUACACCGCUGUUUAGCUAUACCUUGGUCUUCUUGUUUUGCUUGAUAACAGAGGGCAGAGAUUCAAAGAGCUGGAACCAGGCUGUUGUCUGUUUGCUUCUCUGCUGACUCCUAGACUCUGCAUUUCUUGUUCUUCUUGUUUAUAUACCAUAGACACUGUAGUGCAUGAACCUGUUAUGACUGUUUCUGAGAUGUUGCAACCAUCAUUUUAGUCAACAAAAACAUAGAUCGCACUUUUGCCCCUUAAAGAGUCUUUCUGCUUUACUAUAACUUGUGUUUUUUUAAAUGUAUAUAUUUCCCAUGAUCACACUGUACUCACCAAAGUAACUGCUGAGAUCUAGGAACACAGUGACAUUGCAAUAACACAGUCACAUACUGUAUACUGCAUUUGGGAAACUGAAGAUAGUUUCCCACAGAGUUGUGAGGCGUGCUGCAUUGUCAUCACUGAUUUUCACAACAAAUUAUUUCAUUUGUGCAUAUAUUUGUGACACAAGCCCAUCUUUUCCUUACCAGCUUUUGUUCAGUGUGAAAGUUCAAUGUAUGGCCACCUGGGGCUUACUACUGUAAAUUCUCAUAUAAAAGCUGGUAUUCAAAUGAUUAUUGAGUUUCAAGUAACAGCCAGCUUGUUGCCAGCAUGUACACAUCUGGUGUGGGAUCGUCUUUAGCCUACUGUCACUGUGAUCUGGUUGGGGGGAAAUUGGAUGGAUGGAACCUGGGUGUUUUUUUUUUUUUAAAUGUAGGACAUCUCUAUGAUUCUCUCCUAUGAAAAUAAGACCCAAAUUGUAAUAAACCGGAAUUAUGAAAAAAUAACUGACCUCUUGACCCUACCUGUUUGCUUAUUUCAUUAUAUUUCAGAAACACUGGAAUUCAUUGGAGAUGUUGCCUGUUAACAUACACUAGUAUGUGUACUGAACAAUUUUGCCACUACAUUGCGUGUACAAAAUACUGUGAACAAAUGUUGGCCUGCUAGAGGUUGUACCUAAGGAUGGUGGAUGGAAGGAUGGUUUGUUACUCAGGCUAUCCAAUACUUUGAUCCAGAAGAACAUAGAUCAACAAUUACUAUCCACAUACCAUGACAUUUGGUAUGGAUAUUUAUGGUCCUUAUGAUUUUUAGUGGCUUUUGAUUUUGCCUUAGCAGCCUCCAUCAGGCCAAAUAUUUCCCGUGGAACAACACUGGUACAGCAUUUUGAAAAAUUUCCAUGAAAUUUGUUCUUCAUAUUCAUUGUUCCAGGAGAAUAAAUCCUGAUGUUUUUGGUUACUUCCUGGCCAUUCAUCUUGUGCUGUGUCUGCAUAUCAAAAAAGCACAAAAAAAAAAAAAAAUGACAAUAGGAAGGUGCCAGGUACUCCAAGCCAGGAGUUACUGGUGUGUGCUUUACUGUCACUAUCUCACUAUCAUAUAGUACAUGAUGAAAUUGUUAUUGCAGUCAGACAAAAUCAUGUUUCGAAGUGUUUAUCUUCUGUCAUUUUCCAUUUUUGACUUUUUAAAAAAAAUCAGGGCUGUAAGUUACAUGUAGUUUAUAUAGAGUAUGUAAAGAGAAAUGGUAGACAAGAUAAACAAUUGUUUUCUACAGAUUAUUACAGAAAUUCUAUUAUGUUUAAUA